AUGACGUCCACCUGCACCAACAGCACGCGCGAGAGUAACAGCAGCCACACGUGCAUGCCCCUCUCCAAAAUGCCCAUCAGCCUGGCUCACGGCAUCAUCCGCUCAACCGUGCUGGUUAUCUUCCUCGCUGCCUCUUUCGUCGGCAACAUAGUGCUGGCGCUAGUGUUGCAGCGCAAACCGCAGCUGCUGCAGGUGACCAACCGUUUUAUCUUUAACCUCCUCGUCACCGACCUGCUGCAGGUUUCGCUCGUGGCACCCUGGGUGGUGGCCACCUCUGUGCCUCUCUUCUGGCCCCUCAACAGCCACUUCUGCACGGCCCUGGUUAGCCUCACCCACCUGUUCGCCUUCGCCAGUGUCAACACCAUUGUCGUGGUGUCGGUGGAUCGCUACUUGUCCAUCAUCCACCCUCUCUCCUACUCGUCCAAGAUGACCCAGCGCCGUGGUUACUUGCUCCUCUAUGGCACCUGGAUUGUGGCCAUCCUGCAGAGCACUCCUCCACUCUACGGCUGGGGCCAGGCUGCCUUUGAUGAGCGCAAUGCCCUCUGCUCCAUGAUCUGGGGGGCCAGCCCCAGCUACACUAUUGUCAGCGUGGUGUCCUUCAUCGUCAUUCCACUGAUUGUCAUGAUUGCCUGCUACUCCGUGGUGUUCGGUGCAGCCCGGAGGCAGCAUGCUCUGCUGUACAAUGUCAAGAGACACAGCUUGGAAGUGCGAGUCAAGGACUGUGUAGAGAAUGAGGAUGAAGAGGGAGCAGAGAAGGAGUUCCAGGAUGAGAGUGAGUUUCGCCGCCAGCAUGAAGGUGAGGUCAAGGCCAAAGAGGGCAGAAUGGAAGUCAAGGACGGCAGCCUGAAGGCCAAGGAAGGAAGCAAGGGGACCAGUGAGGGUAGUGCAGAGGCCAGGGACAGCGAGGAGGUCAGAGAGAGCAGCAUGGUGGCCAGCGACGGCAGCGUGGAGGGUAAGGAAGGUGGCACCAAAGUUGAGAACAGCAUGAAGGCAGACAAGGGUGGCACAGAGGUCAACCAGUGCAGCAUUGACUUGGGUGAAGACGACAUGGAGUUUGGUGAAGACGACAUCAAUUUCAGUGAGGGUGAUGUCGAGGCAGUGAACAUCCCGGAGCGCCUCCCACCCAGUCGUGGUAACAGCAACAGCGACCCUCCUCUGCCCAGGUGCUACCAGUGCAAAGCUGCUAAAGUGAUCUUCAUCAUCAUUUUCUCCUAUGUGCUAUCCCUGGGGCCCUACUGCUUUUUGGCAGUCUUGGCUGUGUGGGUGGAUGUCGAAACCAAGGUACCCCAGUGGGUGAUCACCAUAAUCAUCUGGCUUUUCUUCCUGCAGUGCUGCAUCCACCCCUACAUCUAUGGCUACAUGCACAAGACCAUUAAGAAGGAAAUCCAGGAUAUGCUGAAGAAGUUCUUCUGCAAGGAAAAGCCCCCGAAAGAAGAUAGCCACCCAGACCUGCCCGGAACCGAAGCUGGCACACUGGGUGGUACUGAGGGCAAGAUUGUCCCUUCCUACGAUUCUGCUGCUUUUCCUUGA